UACAUUUUCCGCAAUAAUUUUAAUUUGUCGUCUGCUAGUUUUUGACAAGUGGGAAAAACAAUAUUUAUAUUUUACGUAUUUAGAUUUUUAGGUGUUUGAAAUUUAAUAAAAAUUUGUGUCAAAAUUGACACUAAAUAUUCUUUUGUCACUGGAAAAUGACAGAAAAUGUAAAUAGUGAAAAUCAAGAAUCGAGAUUAAAAUCACAAUUUAUUGAAUUAGACGAUAAACCAAAAGAUACAAAAUGUUUAUUGUGCAAUUCUAAUUUUGUUCUACCGACAAAUGAAAAAGAAUUUCUCACACAUAUUUUUAAGGAACAUCGUCUUGUUAUUGGCGAUGUAAAAGAAAUUGCGAGUCUCAAGAGUUAUGUAAAUUAUUGGCGUGUAAAAUUUCGCGAUGAACCUUUAGAGAAAUUUUGUACAACAUUUUUGGGUGAUUGUACACCAAAUGGAGAGCCAAGUAAAAAUGAAAAUUAUUUUUUACUCUCAAAUUGCAUUGCCGAGGAUAAAAUUCUUCGCGAUGAAUUGCGUCGAGAAAAAUUGGAAUGGAUUUUAGGUGAACAAUUGCGUGAAAAAAUUGAUAAAAAUUUUCAAAGAGGCUGCAUGUUUUGUCGUACAGAAUUUACUGAAUCACGUCAUUUAUAUGUUAAACAUUUGUCUGAAAAACAUAAUAUUCAACUUGGAAAAAUGGAGAAUUUAGUUUUAAUCGAUGAACUUUUAGAUAAAAUACAAAAUAAAAUCGAAAGUUUAAUUUGCAUUUAUUGUGAAAAACAAUUUAAAGAUCGCGCUGUUCUCAAGGAGCACAUGAGAAAAAAAUUACACAAACGAAUAAAUCCCGGCAAUAAAUCGUACGAUAAAUUUUAUAUUAAUAAUUAUUUGGAGCCACGUUCCACUUGGAGGCAAAAACAGUCACAAAUUGAAGAAACGGAAGAACCAAGUGGAUUUAGCAGUGACAAUGAUGAGGAAAAUUGGUCCGAUUGGAAUAGUGAGAAUGUCGAUAUUAAUUGUUUAUUUUGUGAUUAUAUGAAAAAUGAUUUUAAAAAUAUUUUAAAUCACAUGAAAGUGGAACAUGAUUUUAAUUUUGAAUUAAUAACGAGUAAUUGUAAUUUUUAUCAAAAAGUAAAAAUUGUCAAUUAUGCACGUAAACAAAUGCAUGUGAAAAAAUGUUUAUUUUGCGAUUGUCAUUAUCAACAGCUUAAUGAACAUUUAAUUAAGGAAAAUCAUUUUAAAUUACCAGCAAAAGAAAUUUGGGAUCAACCUGAAUUUUAUUUUCCAAUGUACGAGAACGAUUCGUUUUUAUACAAUUUGGAUUCGAAUUGCAAUGAAGAUGAAGAUUCGUCUUCGGAAAUUUGUCAAUAAUAUUUUAUGGCAAAAAAAAAUUUCCAAUGAGAUCGAAUAUUUGUAAUUAUCAAUUUUUACUUACUUUUAAAGAAUAGACCUCGAUUUUUGACUUUUGAAAGUUUUUUAAGUCCAGCGCUUGUUGAUGAUUGUGUUUCGGG